AUGGAGACCGCUGCUUCAUCGGAACCAGGAACGAUGAAAAAGAAACGGAAUCGCUCUCACAAGAAAUCGAAGCCAGAGAAAACGGUGCGAUCAUCCCCGGUAGAUACCAGUGCUGAACAAGUAAGCAUCGUUGGGAAGGAAAACAAUCCUCCAGUCCGCACUGCUGUUCCGGUUAGUGCGGCUUCUUGUGAAAUCUCCUCAGCGAUCGAAACGAACCAGACUACGGAACAAGCAAAAAAGGCAGAACUCUCUCGUAAACCUAGUCGCCGUGGAAAACGAAAGCCGAAGAACGGCAAAGAGGACCAGCAGAAUUCAACCAUCCAACAAACUGCAGCUGAACAAGCAUCCGCGACGUGUCACAUACUCUUUAAACCUGCACGCCCAGGCAUCCCAAACGAUCCUGCCCGACCGGAUAAUCAGACCGUGGAACGAGCAAAUGUUGUAUCGAUUUCAACGAAACCCGUAAGCGACAUAUCUAAGAACGACUCUUUUCAAAAGAAUGAAAUUUUACUCGCUAAUGCAGACGGAAUACUGAAGAAUAUAGAACUCGAGCAAAUUUUCCCCGGAUCGAAUUUGUUUCGUUUCGACACCGGCGGGAGCCCUGUUGGAAAAUUAACUCUAACUGAACCGUGCACUGUUGCACUGGUUCUGCCAGAGUCCCCCAGAAUAUUGGGUGAUACAGGUGCGUACAAAGACUUGGUGGCUAUCAGCGCUGACGAGCUGUUCCCCAAGAGUAAAACGGUGGGGCACGACCCGAUCGGACUAAAAGCGAAUCAAACUGCGGUUCAACCCUGUCCAUUAGCGCCUGCCACGAACAUGAGUGCACCUGUCGAGGCCGAUGUAAAGAUGGAAAAGUCGCGCGAGGAAAUUCUUGCCGAACGUGAAGCCAAAAAGGCCGCCAAGUUAGCGGCCAAAGGGAAAUCAAAAGGGAAACCAAGCGCUCCUGUCCAAGGAAAGCAACGUGAUGAAAUCCAGCCACCGGCAAAGCCGGAGAGUCUAGGGCAACCGAAUGCACCGAGCGAGUUGAAAAAGUCCAGCUCUGAUGUAAGCAUCUGCGAGAAGAUGAAGGAUUUGCACAUCAGUGACGUACCAACGACAGUUGAAAAACCCGCCCCCAAAGAGUUGUCAAAAGCGGAACGUAAGGCACAGUUUGAAGCGAAAAAUCCCUCUCUCGCGGGCGGGACUAAACCUGCCAAGCCCGCGUUAAGCAAGGCCGAACGGCGAGCCAUACAAGAGGCGCAACGGGCAGCUAAAGCCGAGGUGCAACAGGCUAAAAAGCGAGACGUGCAAUCGGCUGGUGGUACGUCGGGAGCGAAACAGGAACCAUCGAAAAAGUCGUCCGGUGAACCGAAGGCACCAGCGGCUAAUGACCUGCCCACCCUUGAAAGCGGCAUACCGGAACCAGCCGAGGGAGGCGUGAAGCCACCCCGUAAGCAUAUCGUAAAUUUGUUCAACCAUUUGCAUCAACCGAAAUAUGCGGCGUCGGAAAUCGUCAACUCACCAACGUUACAUCCGGCCGUUACGAAGCUAGGCAUACAGUACGCGGAAGGUGCGGUCGUUGGCUCUAAGGCACGUUGUCUCGCUCUGCUGAAGGUGCUGAACCAACUGAUCCACGAUUACGAGACACCACCGGGGAAGGAAUUUGGUCGUAGCUUCGAGGAGACGUUAACCAUGGUGGCGAAUCACCUGCAUCGCUGCCGGCCGUUUUCCGUCUCCAUGACGAACGCGAUGCGGGACGUGAAGAUGCACGCGCGCCAGCUAGAUGGAAAGGUUUCCGAUUCGGAGCAAAAGGAGAGUUUGCUGGAAUCGAUCGAAUCGUAUAUCAGCGACCACAUCGAAAAGGCGGAAGAUGCCAUUUGCUUGUCUGUUCAGCAAAAGAUCUGCGACGGCGAUGUCAUACUGACGUACGGAUGCUCUUCACUUAUUAAACGCAUAUUGCAGGAAGCGCAUCGACGAUCGAAAAAAUUUCGGCUAAUCAUCGUAAAUGCGCGACCGCGUCAGGAAGAGAACGGCAUGCUGGAGUAUCUCGUGAAGCAGGGCGUCAAGACCACGUGUGUACUGAUCAAUGCGGUCAGCUACGUGAUGCCGCAGGUGACAAAGGUCCUUCUCAGCGCGCACGCCCUUCUUGCGAACGGUUCCGUCAUGAGCCGCGUGGGCACGGCGCAGAUCGCGCUCGUGGCUAAAUCCCACAACGUACCCGUGCUGGUCUGCUGCGAAACGCACAAAUUUACCGAGCGCGUUCAAACGGACGCUUUUGUCUACAAUGAGCUGGGAAAACCGGACGAUCUUAUCCAGCUGCCCCGCAUUGGCGAAUAUACCGAGGUGAAACCCAUGCUGACGGGCUGGGAAGCGAUGACUUCGCUAACGAUACUUAACCUUCACUAUGACGUUACACCGCCCGAGCUUGUAACCGCCGUCGUCACCGAAGUGGCGAUUCUGCCCUGCACAAGCGUGCCAGUGAUCCUGCGCAUCAAACCAUCCGACGUAGCUUACUGAAUUUGGUUUGAUUCGGAGAUUUUUCACGGAUAUUAAAUUUCACUAAUAAGGGCUUGAAUGGGCUCGGUCGAAAACACAUUAAAAUAGAAAGCCAAUAACAGUUUCAAAUAGCUUUAAUAGCACUGAUGCGUUUUGCAGAUCAAUUCAUUACAGGCGUCACUUUUGCAUUCAUCAUCACGAAAGUGCUAAGCGAAUGAACUCCAAUCAAUACUCGGGCAAGCUUACUAGGCUUGUUAAAAGCACCAGGACCAACGCCACAAGCCGCCAAGUUGAUGGUGGAAUGAAAACUCUCAAAGCCCUUUGCUACGAAUAGAAAUUUCAGGAAUCACGAUCAAUCAAGGUCACUAAGCGGUAGUAGCGCCUGAUAAAUAAGUAAACCACGUUUCUCGAGUUCGGUUCUAUUCUUUAUGAAUGCGUUUUUUCAGUUCUUGUUGGUACUCCUGUGGGUGUGUUGUU